CUCAGGGGAAAGCGGACGCGGAGAAGCAGGGCGAGAAGCAGGGGGAGAAGCAGACGGAGAAGCCGGGGGAGAAGCAGGACGGGGUUGUUGGAGGGAAGGCAGAAGUGGUUGGUACAAUGCAAGCAUCCGUGCAGAGCCCUGCUAAGGACUCCAUCAUUCUGAAGAAUCAGUCCACCGGCGGUGCCUUGGCGCCUGUGGGAGGGUCGGGAGGCUCACAGAAGCUGGAGGCUCUGCGGCCUCGAGGGGCUUCAGGCUCGGGCGUUUCAACCAGAGCGCCGGCUGCUGGGUUCGGCCAUGCGCUCAACAUCGAAACGCUCAUGGCUGCUGCAGAGAAGCGGGACAGCCCCAUUGAGAUGCCGUCAUCGGACGCCCAGGACAAGGUGGCGUUUAUCAUCAACAACAUCGCGGCGGCCAAUCUGGACCAGAAGGCGAAGGAAAUCCACGAGGUGCUCAAGGAGCCCUUCUUCCCCUGGUUCGCGCAGUACCUCGUCAUGAAGAGAGCGAGCAUAGAGCCCAACUUCCACGAGCUCUACCUCAAGUUUGUGGAUAAGAUGGCAGCUAAGGCGCUGCAGAAGGAGGUGGUGAAGGCCACGUACGAGAACUGCAGGGUGCUGCUCCGUUCAGAGCUGAUUCGGUCGAGCAGUGAGGAGCGCUCGCUGCUGAAGAACAUCGGCAGCUGGCUGGGCCGACUCACUAUCGGCAGGAACCAGCCUCUGCGGGCGAACCAGAUCAACCCAAAGAACCUGAUAAUUGAGGCGUACGAGAAGGGGCUCAUGAUUGCCAUCAUUCCCUUCACUUCCAAGAUUCUGGAGCCCUGUGCCAGCAGUGUAAUCUACCAGCCGCCCAACCCCUGGACCGUGGGCAUUCUGGGGCUGCUGGUGGAAAUCUACAGCCUUCCCAAUCUCAAGCUCAACCUCAAGUUCGACAUCGAGGUGCUCUUCAAGAACCUGAGCAUUGAGAUGAAAGACGUGAAGCCGUCUCAACUGCUGGUGGGGCGGCAGAGGGAGAUAGAGGGCAACCCGGACUUCUCAAACAAGGACCUUCUGGCGGCUCACCUUUCUGCUGCUGCAGGGGCAGCGGGGGCAGGGGGAUCAGCAGGGUCGGGAACAGGCUCCCCUCAGCCGCUUGUGCGGUCUGCUGUUGCUUCGCCUGAGCCGCCUGGGCCUGCAGCUAGAGGGGCGCAGGGGGUGGCUGGUGGGGAGAGGAAGGGUGAGCAGCAGGUGUCUCAGUUUCAGCAGCAGCAGCAGCAGCAGCAGCAGCAACAGCAGCAGCAGCAGCAACAGCAACAGCAGCAGCAGUUGCAACAGCAGCAGCAACAGCAGCAACAGCAACAGCAACAGCAACAGCAGCAACAGCAGCAGCAGCAGCAGCAGCAGCAGCAGCAACAGCAACAGCAACAGCAACAGCAGCAGCAACAGCAGCAGCAGCAGCAACAGGAGCAGCAGCAGAUGUCGAUGCAGCAGCAGCAGCAGCAAUCCCCGCCGCCCCAGUUGCAGAACCAGCAGCAGCAGCAGCAGCAGCAGUUGUUGCUGCAGCAGCCGCAGCAAGCUGGGGCCAAGGCCGCUGCUCCGGCUGGGGUAUCGCUGCCUAACCUCGCUUCUUACAUCGUCAUCAACCCCAAGCUCGCCCCUGUGGCGCAGCAGCUGCAGCUCGCAAGGGUGGUGCCAGCAUGCAUGGACCGGGCAGUGAGGGAGAUCGUGUCGCCCGUGGUUGAGAGGAGCUGCAGCAUUGCCUGCAUGACCACUCGCGAGCUGGUGCUCAAGGACUUUGCAAUGGAGGCGGAUGACAGCCGCACGCAGAAGGCAGCCAACCUCAUGGUGGCGAGCCUAGCCGGCAGUCUGGCGCUGGUGACGUGUAAGGAGCCCCUGCGAGUGGCCAUGGCGAACCACCUGAGAACGCUCCUGCAGGCGGCGCUGGCAGGAGCAGAGCUGGAGCAGGUGGCGCAGCUGCUGGUCAGCGACAACCUCGACCUGGGCUGUGCCGUCAUUGAGAAGGCCGCCAGUGAGAAGGCCGUGCGGGACCUAGAGGAGGUGCUGGGCCCCGCUCUCGCCAUGCGGCGCAAGCAGAGGGAGGCCUUGGGAGCAGCCUACUACGACGCGUCCAUCUACUCGCAGGGCAACCUCGCCCGCAUCCCAGAGGCUCUCAGACCCAAACCCGGGCGCCUGACGAUGGUGCAGCAGAGGAUCUACGAGGACUUUGCACACCUGCCGUGGCAGGGGCAGGUGCCCCAGGCCGGUGCUGCUGCUGCAGCUGCCGCGCUGGGUGCUGCCGGUGGGACAGCAGGGCAGGUGGGGCAGCAGGGGGGACAGCAGAUGGGGCAGGGGCAGCUGGUUCUUGGGCAGGGACCGCAGCAGCAGCAGCAGCAGCAGCCGGGGCAGCAGCAGCAGGGUGGAGGUAUGGGUCAGGCGGUGCCUGGCUCCUCCAUGUCUCCGGCCCCAUAUGCUGCCACACAGCAGCAGCAGCAGCAGCAACUGCAGGCACAGGAGCAACAGGCGCAGGCGCAACAGGCACAGGCGCAACAGGCACAGGCACAGGCACAGGCACAGGCGCAGGCGCAGCAGCAGCAGCAGCAGCAGCAGGUGGGGAUGGGUUUCCAGGGAGGAGCAGCAGCAGCAGCAGCAGGAGGGGCAGCUCAGCUUAUCAACGCUGCAGUAACCUCCGUCUCGCCCUCGUCGGCUCAGCUGAUGGCAGCAGAGAUUGAAAGACCCGGCUCUGCUGCCGCUGCGGCCGCCGCAGCUGCCGCUGCUGCCGGUGCCCCUGGCGCUUCCCUUGGUGCCCCUGGCGCUUCCCUUGGAGCCCCGGGCUCGGCUCCUGGUGCUGCCCCUGGCGCUCCUGGUGCGGCUGGUGCUGCUGCUCCCCCUGGUGGGGUCAGCCAUCUGCUCCCCAAGAUACCCAUGGGCGCAGAGGGCCCCCUUGCAUAUGCUGGCAGCCCUGCUCCAAUGGACCUCCCAGGCAUCAACCAGCAGGUGGAUGCAUCGGCAAUGCCACUGUCAGCUAACGCUCCUCCCGACCACGAGAUCAAGGCGCAGGCCGUUGCUCUGUUUGACGACUGGGUGCGCGUGAGCGAGGCAGCGGCGGGCAACGACAAGGCGGUGGUGGUGUUUCUCUCGCAGCUGCAGCACUCGACACUGCUCGCCUCGGAGGAGGCGGCCGAGCGGCUCUUCCGCACGCUCACCGACAUGGUGGUGGCGCACUGCCUCAGCACUGAGGCGCUCAACCCGCCCCCGCCUGCUGCCCCCCCUGGCAGCGGCCAGGUGCCCCCGGCUAGAGGGCUCAAUUUCACAGCAGUGGACAUGUUCAGCCGGCUGGUGGUGCUGCUGAUUAAGUACUACGUGGACGGGAGUGGCAAUGCCAACCUGAGCAAGGUGAACCUGCUGAACAAGGUGCUCUCAGGCGUGGUGAGGGUCAUCCACCGCCAGGCGGACGAGCGCCGCCUCACCAACCCCCGCCCCUUCUUCCGCCUCCUCGCGAACCUUCUGAUAGACCUCAAUGCCCCUGAUCCCAACUUCGAUGCUGCGAGCCACCAGGUGCUCACCACCCUUGCUGCCACCUUCCACGCGCUGCAGCCUCUCCGCGUGCCGUCCUUCAGCUUCGCGUGGCUGGAGCUGAUCAGCCACCGCUCGUUCAUGCCCAAGCUGCUGCUCUUCCCCGGCCAGAAGGGAUGGCCCUGGUUCCAGCGCCUGCUGCUCUCGCUCUUCAAGUUCAUGGAGCCGUAUCUGCGGGAUGCUGAGCUCAGCGACCCGAUCCGUCUCAUGUACAAGGGCGCCAUCCGCGUGCUGCUGGUGCUGCUGCACGACUUCCCGGAGUUCCUCUGCGACUACCACUUCAGCUUCUGCGACAUCAUCCCCCCCACCUGCAUCCAAAUGCGCAACCUUGUGCUCUCUGCCUUCCCCCGCAACAUGCGUCUUCCAGACCCCUUCACCCCCAACCUCAAGGUUGACCUGCUCCCGGAGAUUAGCCAGCCGCCGCGCAUUCUCUCCGAUGUUGAGGCCACCCUCCGGGCCAAGAACCUCAAGGGCGACGUGGACGAGUACCUCAAGACGCGCCAGCCGCUCUCCUUCCUCACGGCAGACCUCAAGCAGCGCCUGCUGCUGCCGGCAAACGAGGCGGUGCAGAGCGGUACACGAUACAACGUGCCGCUGCUCAACUCGCUGGUGCUCUACGUCGGCAUGCAGGCCAUUCAGCAGCUGCAGAGCAAGGCCACUCCCCAACAGCUGGCCGUGCCAACAGCGCCCAUCACCCACAGCGCCCCCAUGGACGUCUUUCAGCGCCUCAUCUCGGGCCUGGACUCGGAGGGGCGGUACCUGUUCCUAAACGCCAUUGCCAACCAGCUGCGCUACCCCAACAACCACACGCACUACUUCUCCUGUGUGCUGCUGUACCUCUUUGCUGAGGCAAAUCAGGAGAUAGUCCAGGAGCAGAUUACGCGAGUCUUGCUGGAGCGCUUGAUUGUCAACCGGCCACACCCAUGGGGUCUGCUCAUCACUUUCAUUGAGCUCAUCAAGAAUCCUCGGUACAACUUCUGGAGCCACGGUUUCACCCGGUGUGCCCCGGAGAUAAAGAAGCUCUUUGAGUCAGUGGCCCGGUCCUGCAUGGGCCCGCCGCCCAAGAUGGACGAGGAGGUACACGCCACUGUUCAGCAGCAGGCCUGAACAUGCAUCUGGUCAGAUUUGCCCUCUUGAGUUGGCUUGGCUUAGAAGCUGCACCAUGAUGGGAGAAAGCAAAGUGGUACUGCUACUCGUACUGUUCAGCAGUCCUAAUUACCUAGUCAUGCUUUGACUAACACUUCGGACCAGACGUCAGGGCGCUGCCUGGUCUGGAACCACCUCUGCUAAUUUCUUAAAUAGUUUCUAAAUUCAUUGUUCUUUAUUCCC